UUUAGUUGAUUUUAGCAGCACAACCCCGUCGCCAGCAGCAGAAGCAGCAAAUAAAUGCUUACCGUCGCGACAAAAAAGUACGCAUAUAUUUUGCCCAAGUGUUAUUUAGAUAAACUACACAGCGCAGUGCAAAAGAAAAAAAAUCACAGAAUUCUACGUGUAAUAACAAACAAAAACAAACAAACAAAUCAAAAUGUGCCGUGCAAUAUAAUAGUGUAUUUAAUCGCGUAGCAGCAGGAGCAGCAACAACAACAAAACGGACGUUGGGUGGUGCACAGUGGUAACGCGAAAACACCACAAAAAGCUGAAUAAAAAAAAAAGAAAAGCUAAACGAGCAGCAAUAUAUAAUUAAGCAAGUGUAGGCAAAAUGUCGACAAUUGUGGAACAGACGACCACCGAUGCGCUCACAGCGGGUGCUCCGACAACACCAGACACAUCAGCAACAGUUGCAGCAGCAGCGGCAGCAGAAGCAGCGACAGCGACAGCAGUUGUAACAGCCACGCCCACCUCCAGCACGUCCAGCACAGAAAUUGAGCAACUGCAACAGGCGCUGCUCGAGAAGCAAACUCAAUUGUACGCAUUGGAAACAGCUUGCUUACGUGAAACGGAACGUCAAGUGGAGCUCGAGGAUAGUGUGAUUGCGUGGCAGGAUAAAUACGAUCGAUUGUACGAAUCGCAUAAACGUGUCCAGAAAGUGAAUCAAAGUCUCGAGGAUAAAAUGCUCAAGCUCGUCGAUCGCAAUACAAACGAACGGGCGCAGCUCACAAGCGAUGUGGCAACGCUUAGCGUUCGCUUGGCUCAGGCAAAUUUCAACAUUGCCAAGCUGCAGCGGGAAAUUGAACGCUACAAGGCCGACAUUAGUCUUGCCAUACAAUUGCUGCAGUGCAAACCGGACAGUUUUGUGCCACAGAAAGUGUCCUCGCUGCCAAUUGAGAUACAAUCGAAGGUGUCGGCCUAUAUGCGAUUGGAGACGAACUCGCAUUCGGAUUCAGAGUGCAGCAAUAGUGGUGUGGGCGUGGCAACCACCGCUUCCUAUAAAGUGCUUCCGGUCUCGGAUUCGCCGCCGCCAGCGCCAUGCCCCUUUCCGCCCACCGCGAUGGUGUAUUCAAUGCGGGGCCUCGGUAAGUAUGCUGCCAAUGGCAAUGCGCCACAAGCCACAGCAACAGCAACCAGCAACAACAACAACAACAACAGCACCGCAAAAGACACCGCCAACAACAAUAACAACAACAACAGCCUUACAAAUGGCAAACACAACAACAGCAGCAGCAAAUUUAGCUCAACUCAAACACUAAAUGGUCAACCAAAGAACAGCAGUAACAACAACAACAACAACUCCGAUCCGGAGAUGAUUUCACCCACAGUGAUGGCCAAGUUUCUGGAGGAGGAGCUGAAAGCGAACGAUGUCAAGCACUGCGAUACAUGUCAGUGCAGCAAACAGGAUCUCACAGUGCUGGCGGAUGUCUCACGUUCCUACACGGUGGCCACCCAAACACCUCACAGUCUGGCGACUGUGAAUGAGCCGCUGACUCAGCUGUGUUUGCGGUGUCACAGCAAUCUGAAUUCACCGUCGCGCACCAACAGUCCGUACUUGAUGAAACUGGUCAAGUCAAGUGAUUCGGUCAUCUCGGAGACGAAAAGUUCUGUCUCGGAUCUGAAUGAUAUGGACAAACUGUUUACACCGCCCAAGAAGGAUGAUUUAAUGGUGAAUCCCAUACUGGGUCAUCACAGACUCUGCGAACGCACCGCGGGUCAGGAUUAUGCGGCCAGCAAGCUCACCGCCUCGACCAUGAUGUAUCCCACCACACAUCUGGGAGCGUAUGCGGCCGAAAAGUAUCUGCUCGAGACAAGUAAUUUGGGCCAACUGCGCUCCGGCUAUCAGCGACGUUUUCUCGAUGGCGGCGGCACAGCGUUGCAACUGCUCAACAAGUACGAGGCAACAACGGCAACAGCUGCCACGAAUGCUCAGGAACUGGAGAUGGAGGAUGAGGUUAGUAAGCCGCUGCUGGCGGGAAUCUCGCAACCGAAUCUGCUCGAGACAGAGCAAAUAGCGGCGCAGCCUCCGCCACCUUCCGCUCAGCCCACGAAGCCGGAGGAUGUGUGCGAACCGCAGCCAGCGAAGCCGAUGCCAACGCCAACUCAAGUGGCCAGUGGGUCGCAGCUGAAAUCGAACACCUCGGGCAGCGUUCAGAGUCUGUGGAGCAACAAGACGAGCAGCUGCGAGGGCGCCAAAAUGUUUGAGACAUUCAACAGGAAUCUCAUCAAGACCAUUAAGGCGGAGAAUCCGAAGUACCGUGGUCCACGUCUCUGUGCCAUGCGCAUCCAGCAGAAUGGCCAGAGCAACAUAUUGCUGGACAAUCUGGAGUCCAUUGAGACGCAUCUGCCGGUGAUCUACAAGCGACGCGAGCGAUUGCUCGAUGAGGAGCUCAACGAUGGCAAGGACAUCAUCACGUCGAAGGAGAGCAAUGCGGCAGCCGCAGUCGAUGCGUGGCAAGCAUCUGUUGCGCCGCAUGAGACUGUGGCGCUGCAGCCAGUGCUGGAGCCACAGGUGGAGCAAAAAGAGACUGAGAAGUUGGCCCAGCAACAAGUGGAAGUAGUUGCCACAGCAACAAAUGCCACUGGCGCUGCCGUGGAAGCAACAACAGCCGCAGUUGUGGCAGCAGCAGCAGCUGCCUCACCCAAGCACUCGGCACACUCGAGUUCGCUAAGCGAUGCCAUCGACUAUCAGGAGAGUGUGUUGCUGCGACGCCAGCAGCUGAAUCGGGUGGCCGAAUGGGUUCAGCACAACACACAGCAACUGGAGCAGCGAGCACUGCAACAGCCAGCACUGCCAAGUGAUUCCAAUUCCGGGACAGAGCGUCAAUCGUCGUACUCCACACUCGACCACAUGGAUGCCAUAUCCAUCGAGAAGCUGAGCAUGGAUUCGGGCUACAAGACAACGCCCCAACAGCUGACCAAUGGCUAUGCGGAUGCGGGCAAAUCCACCGAGGAUUCGCUGUCACCCAAAACAGACAUCACCAGCAAUUCGCUGCCCGAGCCGUGUCCCGGAGCAGUGUCAUCCACAGUGCAACUGACAACCAAGAAAGCUGAGCUUUGCACCACCUACUACAGACGCACCACACGCUCGGGGCUGCCCGUGGCUUAUACGACAACCACGCUGCCAGCAGCAACAACAACAACAACAGGAAAUGUUGCUGCCACGGGUGACUCUUCAUCGGGUAGUUCCCCCGCGUUGCAAUGUCCCGAACAGCCGACGUGUGAUAUCCUCAACUACAAAUACUAUCCGAAUGAUACGGACAAGACGCGUUCGGUGCAAGCGGAGCUGCAUACGACCACACAGCAUGUGGACAUUGCCCAGAUGGAGUACAAUGUGAAACAGUUUCUGCUCAAGCAGAACGAAUGGUCGAUGCGGGGCGAGACAACGUCUGGACAAACUGCUGGCAAUGGAAGUGGAAAUGUCAGUGGAUCAGCUGCUGCUCCACGCCUAAUGCGACACACACGAUUGCUGGGACCGGGGUUGGGGGAGCGUGUGAGAAUGGCCACGCCUGGGGGCGCUGUGGCAGCCACGCCCAGUGCUUUGGCGCCGCACAGAACUGAAACGAAUUUAUAAGCAGCGACGCAAGAGGGCCAGAAAAAGAAUCAAGAUUCAUCAAUGAAGAAACCAAAUUGUAUUCUAGUUUAGUUUGGCAGACAAAAUUGCGAUCAAGUGGCGCAGAGCAUACUUAACUAUAUAUACUAGUAAAUGUACGAUAUAUAUAUACAUAAAACUAAAUGUAAUACUUUAAACAAUGUCUAGGCUAGCAAAGAAGCUUCAGCAUUGCAGCUACCAAAGGGGGCAAGUUGAGGGCGUUGUUAGUGUCUGCAAUACAAACAAUGUUUUAGUUCAACUUUAACUAAAUGUUGAUUUGAUUCUAUAUACUAUACAUUUCUUAGGUCUUCCUGCUGCUGUAAAAAAACUGUAUAAACUGUAGUGUAACUCAUAGAGAUCGCUGAACAACACGCUGAACGAUUUCUUUGGCUGCGCAAGUCUUCCUCGAGUCGAGUCUACCAUCGUUUCUUCUUAUAAAUAAACUUGCUGAGGAGUUGAUAUACAUGUAUUUGUUUAAGAAUUUUUAACAUAGUAAAAAAUUAAACCGAAAACUUUUUUACAAUUGUCUGUCUGAAAAAAAACAUUCUAUUCAAAUUUUAAAAAUUUGUAGGGGGAAAUUCCUUUGAAUCUGUAAAUUUACUAACAAAGAAAUGUAAGUUUAUUUGGAUCUGUAAGUUGUUUAACAGUUUCUUAUUUAUGAUACCAAUCGGUUCAGAGCAAUAUAUUUUAUAGUUGCUUUCCAUUUAAUACAUACAUGUAUGAUCAUCAUUUAUAUUGCUUAAGAAAUUUUCAUGUAACUCAGAAAAUAUCAAUUUUAUAUUUCUUUUGAUACAUUCACUAAAGAUCAAAUAUCAAAUUAUUUUUAAAAAUAUUAAAGAAAUUGAUAUGAUAUUUUACUUUAUACUUUGAUCAAAGCGUAUUAAUCAAAGUUGUAUUCAGAUGAUCACUGUAAUAUGAAAAAUAUUAAAGAAAAGAAACCAGAUUUCAAAUAUAUCCGUUACAUAUUUUUAAAAUAUAUGAAACUUCUAUGGAACCAAUGAAUCCAAAAUUUUCAAUAUUUCUGGAAAGUUUUCAAUCACAAAUUUCUUCAAUUUCAAGCUUAGAUGUUAUUAGAUUAUAUCUCCAACUUCUCCUCAAGAUUAUUCCAUAUUCGGCCAGCCGAAGCGAGCUUUUCUUAGCCAGUUCUUGAUCACUCCUCGAUUACAUUGCAACGCCUCGCUUGCCUCAGCAUAUUUAAAGCAUAUGAUUAUUCCAUAUGAUAUUCAAAUUUUGCAUUACCUUUUUGGUGUCUGCAUGUUAAUCGCCCUCAUUUAAUAAUACUUACUUAUAUCUGCCUAGGCUCUAACGAUAACUUAAAUAUAUAUAUAUAAAAUAUGCUAUAUAAAAUGAUAUGUGUAAACAACAACAAUCGAUUGAUAAUGUAUUUGAUAAGCGCAUUAUAUUUUCUAGAUUCCAAUUGUGCAAUAUUUGUUAUUAGCGUGAAACAAAAACCAAGCGUAAAGAAAAAAGAUCAAAAAAAUGAAAACAAAAAACGAAUUUUUAUUUUUAUAAAAUGCGACCAAAAAAAAAAAUGAUGAAGAAAUGAGAAAAUUAAUGCAUGAGAUGAUCCUUUCGAGAGUUCUACAUUAAGUUAAAGUACUAUAUACAUUUCCGCAAAUGCACGGCUAAAACUCAUUAUUAAAAAAGCAUAAAAAAAAAUGACGAAAAGAUUAAAAAAUACCGCCAAGAACCUGCCUAAUGUUAGCUUCUAUGAUAUAGCAGCCGCUCUAUAACUAACCUAUAUACAAGUGUAACUGUACCUUCUUAGUAAAAAUUUGCAGCAACUGUACUCAUUCCUGCCCAUUAGAUGACCUUCAUACAAACAAACUAAACCAGCCUACAUAAGUACUACAUACAUACUCUCUCCUUCACUAUAUAUCCUUUACUCGUUCGUACAUACAAACAAAAAGAAACAAACAUGUAUAUGAUAUUUAUGUGUACUCCGAAAAAAUUGAAAUUGCUUAAGAAAAUUAAAUGCAGAUUUUCUUCUGUUUGAGAACCAUACAAAAUAUGUAUCUUUGGCGAAGCCAAAGUUGAAAUACUCUUGCAGAAUUGUUGCUUUGGGAGUUCUAUUCACUAAACUGACUCACUCAAAUGAAAGCCCCAAUUUAUUAUACUUCAGAAUGAAAUUAUAUUUUAACAAU